GUUUGGAACUGAACCGAGCCACCGGCGAUCUCGCGAUGAUUCGGUUUGUCGGCGAUCACGAACCUUCUGGCUGGUGCGCGAGGCCCGUCUCCGCAAUCCGGCUCUGGUUGUCUAUGCUGUGCCAUGGACUUUCCCGAGCUGGGUCGGUUUGGAACGCGGCACAGAGUCGGAGUUCUAUAACACCGAUGCCCUGGACUACAUCGUGA